AUAUACACACACACACACACAUAAAUAGAUAGAUAUCCGCGAAGUUUGCUAUCAAAGAGAAUAAGAGAGUUCUAAACGUUUUUAGGCAGGGCUCUUUCUUCCGAAGCAGAAAUUGAUUGGAUUUCAUACAAAUCUUCUCAACAUCUUUUACGUUUUCCCUCAUGCAAACAGAAGGAUUAUGUGCAUCAAAACACAACAAAAAGAUUUAUAUACAAUAAGUAAAUUGGAACUUUAUUUGCACCGAAAAACUAAACCGAUUUAGUGUGUUUAGUUUUGGUUUUCUUAGUUGCCAUCAGUGUAUGUAGCAGAUAAGAGGACCCACUGCAAGCAUCAAUAAUCAAGAGCAGAAUCCACCUCACACCACCACCACCUCUACCAUCAUCGUCAUCAUCGUCAGCCAUUUACUGCUGUAAACAACAACAUCAACACUACUACUACUACUACUACUACUACUGCUACUUUUUGAAGUAAUCUUUCUCUUUAUAUAUUUACCUAUUUCUGUGGAAGAUUAAUGUUUGAGCACGUGUGCGUAUAAAGAAUAAAGGUGGAUCAAUCAGGCAAGAACCUGUUCCCUUUUGAAUCAGGACCAGAUUAAAGGGACAGAUAAGAAUUAAAUUAACCCACCCCCCUGCCAGCUAACCAACAAAAAUAUAAGACCCAAAAAAAUAAAUAUAGAUAACCCCCCCUAAAGCCACAAUAAUCUCAAAAGGCCUUUUCUACUCAGGCCUUCACCACCACCAACACCAUCAUCACCACUGGCAGCAGCAGCAGCAACAGUGUUAAUUAAUGCUGCUGUUUGUGUAAUUUGUAAGCCUUGAUGCAAGAAGUCUGUCUAUCAGGACCCUCUAGACCCUAAAUAUCCCCCAGACUAAGACCUGACCCUGUCACGAAUCUUAACAAAUAUUUGGGUAUUGCUGAGUAAUAAAAGGACCCUGCUGAUCCAAUUUUUGAGUAAGGGUUUUUUUCUCCCUAACUUAUUCUCCCAUCAUUGUCCAAUUCUUCCUUAUCUUUUUCCUGUUUGUCCUGACCGGAACCUAUGAAGUUGUUGAUGUUGUUAACGUCAUCACAUAGCUAAUUCAAUUAUUGAUUUUUCUGACCUGUGUUCUCCCUCCCUCUCUCUCUCUCUCUUUCUCUCUCUCUCUCUGGACCUGUCUUGCUUUAAAAAAAAAAAAAUAAUAAUAAUAAUAAAAAUAAUAGAAUUUGAACACUGAGCAGCCAGAGCCGGCUAUCUGUGCUAUUAUUAGAACAAUAAAUAACAACAACAACAAUUACUUCAGCAGUGAGAUUGUCAACAAUAACAACAACAGCAUUAGCAUCAGCAGCAACGCUCUUGCUCCACCUUGCCUGUCCCACCUCUAAAAAGGAAAGUAAACGAAACGAAAGAAACGAUAUUAAAAAGAAUUGGACGAGGAAUUCACAGAAAAAAAAACACAGAACAAAUAAAUAAAAUCAUUUAGUUAAAAAAAAAAUUUGAUUGGAGACAAGAAGAGGAAGCGGAAUAAAAACAAAAAUAAUAGUUUUUUUUUUCUGAAGUCAAUCAGAAGAGAAGCAAGAACAAUAAUUAAUACCAGAGAAUAGUAGUUGUCGUUGUCGUCGUUGUCAUCACCAUCACCACCAUCAUUGGCAUCAUCAUCAUUGACGUUGUUCUUGGUCGCUACAGCAACAGAAACCUCAGCAAUGUGAAGAAAGAAACAAGGACAAAGAAACCGACCAGCUGCCACAUCGAUAAUAAUAAUAAGAAUAUUAUUAAUAAUAAUAAUAAUAACGAUAACAACAACCAAAUAACAGCAACAAUAACAAUUGCAACCACAAGAAGCUGGCUCCAGCUUGGCAUGGCUGACAAAACUGGAGCCAUCGUAGGUGAUUAGUGGUGGCAGUUGUUUAGUCUUUCUGCAUCUUCCUCGGCCCUUACAUCCGUUUCAAACACAAACUGGUACCACCAGCAAUUCAUUCAGCUUUGCCUUGCAAGGAUUAAGUUGAUAUUAUAGUAAUAAUAAUAAUAACAUUAUUAUUAUUAUUACUAUUAAUAUUAGCAAGUAGUAGUAGUAUUUAUAAUCAAUUUUUCUUAAAAAUAAAUCCUGGAGAUAAAGUUUAAUAAUACCCUCACAUGUCCAGAGGAAAUAUUAGAAUCACAGCGGAGGUCUGUGCCGAUUGCUCGGCCCCUGAUCCCACUUGGGCUUCAGUGAACCGAGGUGUGCUAAUAUGUCAAGAGUGUUGCAGUGUUCAUCGCAGCCUUGGAAGACAUAUCUCACAGGUGAAGCACUUGAAAAAAGCACAAUGGAAUCCAUCACGUUUAGCGAUGGUACGACAUCUGUUCAGCAGUGGAGCCAACAACAUCUGGGAGCACUCACUAUUAGAUCCAUCUCAGAACAAACAUUGCAAGAAGAAACCGCAUCCUAACGAUCCAGUUCAUCCAAAUAAAGACCACUACAUCAGGACCAAAUAUCAGUUUUUGUCAUUUGUAAACCAAGGCAAAGAUGGAGAUGUUUCAACAGUGGAGGACCUUAGUAAACAAUUACAUUCUAGCGUCAGAACAAGCAAUCUGGAAACAUGUCUUAGGUUACUGUCCAAAGGGGCUGACCCUAAUUACUUCAAUCCAGAAAAGAACAACUGUCCCCUCCAUGUGGCUGCUGCUGCUGGUCAGACGUCACAGGUGGAGCUGCUUGUUGUUUACGGCGCAGACCCUGGAUGUCUCGAUGCUAACCGGAAAACCCCUAUUGAUUACGCUAGGGAGGAGAAGUACACAGAUCUUGCCAACCGUUUGAUAGAGUGCCAGUAUGAGUUGACUGACAGACUCACCUACUUUGUAUGUCGCAGGAAACCAGAUCAUCGUAGUAACCAUCACUUCAUCAUCCCUGAGAUGGCUGACAGGUUGGUAGAUUUCCCUUCUGCUAGGGGCAAUCGACACAGUCUGGAUAUUUCCGAGUUAGCAAAGGAGGCAAAGAAAAUGUUACAAGCCCUUCCCAACAAUUUGUUUGAAGAACUUGCAAUGGACGUUUACGAUGAAGUUGAUCGAAGGGAGAAUGAUGAAAUUUGGGUCUCAUCAAAUGAACAUAGUUCCACUAUAGGGGUUACAAUACCCUUUUUACCAGUCAAUCCAGAAUUUUCCACUACAAGGAACCAAGGUCGCCAAAAACUUGCUCGCUUCAACCCACGAGAAUUUGUAACGCUGAUCAUCGAUAUUUUAAGUGAUGCCAAGAGGAGACAAAUGGGAACCACGGCUUCCAUGAUUAUUAACCCUAAAGAGCCCAGUGGCCGUUCAUCUGCCAUAAUGACAGCCCCUACACGGGGUUCAAGGGGUUACAGCCAGGUUUCCAGUGAUGAUGAGCCUUUGUAUGACAGCGUAGCUUCCGAUGAAGACUACAGCAGUAUAGACACCCAGAGCAUCAAAAGUGCCAAGGAAGAAGGGAAGAAAGACCGACCAGCAGAUUCUCGGAUCAUUCGUCGUGAAAUGACCCCUACUUCAAUUGUGUCGUUUACGGAGAGCAUGACAUCAGAACAGGUAGAAGGUCCAGUGUCUACGGAAGAUUUUCUGGAAAUGAAGAAAUCUCUGGCCAAUUCCGAGUGCCGAGUUCAACAGCUUUUGCAGACACAGAGUGAUCUUAUCACUGAGGUGAAUCGUCUGAAGACGUUGGUGAACAGCUUGGUUGAAGAGAAUUCUUUGUUGAAGCAGGACAAGUCAAGCGGCGGUGGCAUUGGAGGUGGUAGUAGGGGCAGUGGUGGCAGUCACAACAACAAUAACAACAUCAACAACAACAACAUCAACAAUAACUUGCCUGCCGGUGGCUUCCUUCUGAACGGAGCAGGUGGAGGCGGUGUUGGUGGUGGUGGUGGUGGUAGUGUAGGCGGGGCUGGCCUACGACUGUCUGCAUCAUCUUCCCCGGCCGAUCUGAAACGAAUGCCCGGAAGUGCACGACCCCGAUCGAUGUUUGAACCCCGAAAUUACCAGAGACAGGCCGAGCAUAAGAUGAGCAAAGGUAAAGACGAUCUGCCCACUGCCCAGUCAGUAUCAAAUAUUCACACAGGAGAGGAACAGCUUGGUGGUAAAAACUUCAGUGGUACUCCAAGUCCUGCCCGCAGUGAAACUGCUUGUGCAGGGGAGGAAUGUGACUAUGACAACGCGAGUUGUGCGAGCAACAGCCGAAAGAACUCUCAAUGCGACAGCCACAAAAGCUCCCUUCAGAGCAUUAGUGAAGCUGUUCCAUUGAGGUCUCCCUCUGUUGUGUAUGAAGAGGUCGGCGCUGACGUUCAGGGUCUACCAACCCAAGAUGAGGUUGUCAAGAAAACCGAACGAAUCACCCGCAAGAUCCAAGAACUUCUGCAAUCAGCACAAGAGGGAAAAUUCGAAAGUUUUGCUCCAUGUUCUGAUAAGAUUUACUCGGCUGUUAUAGACAUGGCCUCCCUCUUCCCAAAGAGGCUGCAGAAAGCUGAGAACAUUCAGUAUGCAUUGACUCUGUUAACAAGUAGUGCCACCCAACUAGCCGAGUACUGCCAGAUCUGCUCACCGGGCCAGGAUCACGGUCCAUCGGCCAACCGGCAGGCGAAGACCCAGCAGGUGAUCAAGUCCGCCUACGAAAUCGCGAAAGCUGCAAAGCAGUUGGUCACAUUGUUCCAGUGACACAUCAUCCUCCCAAAACCCACCCUUACCCCAUCCGACCCAUUUUCCCCUUCCCCCACCUCGUGCCACCGUCAUUGCCUCCCUCCCCUCUGUCCUUUUGUUCUUUUCCACAACAGCCAAUGAACCGUAUCAAUGACCGGCCACAAUGCCACCGCCGCGCUGCUCCCCCCUUUAUUCAUUCUCUCUCUCUCUUGCUCUCCUUAAAGUCUUCUCGGACCUCUUCUGCCUUCUCUUUCCGUUCUGUAUAAUGCUGUGCCACUGUGACCUCCCCUGGCGUCACAGACUCGGAUGCGAUGUGUUAAAGUGUGACAUGGUUUAGACGCCACCACCACCUCCCCACCCACUCUCUCUCUCCCUCUUUCUCCCUAGUGUGGAUGAAGUGGGGUUGGAUGGGUCGGGUGGAGCAGAGUGGGGGAAGAAGAGGGGAUUCUUCAGCCUUCAUUUCUUGUUUUCAUUUUUUUUUCUUAUUCUUUGCCUUUUGGUAGGAAUGGGGAGGGGGCUGGAAGGUUAGCGGGUGGAGGGGGUACUCUCCCCACCCCCUUCAUGUAGUAACUACAACAAAGUUCGGUAAAAUGGUUUCACCUUUUACUUUACACCUCCUCCUCCUCAUAUAUUUUACAAAACCUCUUCAUUUCACAACUCUCUCUCUGCCUGCACCUCCCACUAUCAUUGAAGUCAAUACUCCUCCUCUCCUCAAACGUUGAUUCUCCUCCCUUCUCUCUUCCUCCUUUUCCUUUCUCUCUCUGCACUCACCCUGUCUUUCUUGUAUUAUAAUACAGACUGUGGAGGCACAAUGGCCCAGUGGUUAGGGCAGCUGACUUGCGGUCAUAGGAUCGCAGUUUCGAUUCCCAGACUAGGCGUUGUGUUUAUUGAGCGAAAACACUUAAAGCUCCACGAGACUUGGCGA